AUGUCAAAUCCUGAAGAGCAGGCUCCUCCACAACAAUCAGGUUUGAAUGCGAAUGCUGCUUCAUUUGAAUUCAAUUUCAAUGCAAGCGAGUUUGUUCCUAGUUUUGGCACCACACCGCCCGAAAUCCCAGCUCAAACUUAUCAAUCUAAUUAUUAUCAAUAUAACCAAGAAUUUGCCCAAUAUAAUUAUGCAUAUGGUGGAUAUCCUCAACAAUAUCCUUACGGAAUGCAGCAAGGCUUUUAUUUUCAAGAAAACCAGCAGCCAGAAGAGCCAGAAGAGCCUGAAGAAAAAACGAUCAGCUUCAGUGACUUUGAGAAGAAUCAGUCAUCUAAGCCUAAAUCUGGAACUGGUCCAAAACUUGGAUUCAAAAGUAUCAAUGUAGGCGAAGAAGUCAGACAGGCCUCGGAACAACAAAAAUUAAUUAAUUAAAUUGAUGUGAUGUUUGAAUUUGGCCAAGGAUUUCCACCUCUGUAAGCUCAUAAGCUCUUAUAAGGAGCAACAGGCUGACACUUAUUGUCUCACCUAUGGCUGUGUCGUGUCUGACUUGAUUCGGAGUAUCCGUUCGAUCGUUCCCCCUCUGAGAGAGAACAAAAGCAUUUUGUUCACUCGCUGAGGGUAUUUUUUUAAUGAAUAUAUAAAUUUAAUAGUAAAAUUUUCUUUUAAUAUUUAAAAAAUCCCAAUUCAAAAAAAUUGGAAAGCAAAAAUUAAUUUAAUUUGUAAAAUCACAAUAUUUAAGAGAUGGGUCCCUAGUCCUGAUCCACCAGACCGGACCCUUAUACCGAGUUCAGUGAGAGAAGUCAAGCUUCUUGAGAGUAUCGGCUAGAAGAGAAGUAGUCAGUGCUGAGGCUGGCACUAACUAGAGAAGUCUGAAAGGGCUUGAUAACUUUAACGGUUCGAUGGUUAGGCCGGUUCACCUACCGUUGUUCAGAGCUGUUAUCGUAGAUGAAUCACAAGUAAAGAAGAAUUAGAAGGCACUGAAAUGUGCGAGAGAAUUUCAUUAAACUUAAACUUAAAUUUGAAAAAUUUAUGUUUUAAAAUGCAAAGUUGUUUAAAAUAAACUAGCUAAAGAUUUCGUUAUAAUAAUUAUUACUUAUAUAUAAAAAUAUUUUUUCAUAAAAAAAUUUUUGUUUCUCAAAGAGUUGUGGGACUUUUCAAUUGUUUUGUUGGCUAGAAGAGGAGGAAUAAGGGUCUGAGACAUAAUCUCUCGUUUCACCCGCUGUUUUCAAGUUCUCAAAUUCGAGUAGGGAUGGGACCUAAUCUCAGGGAUAUCGCCAGCAGUGCUCUUUUACUUCAUGCCAGAAGGGAAAAUCUUAUGCCUAGUUAUUUUACCCUGUGACAUAAGAAAACCUCUGCUAGAAUAGAUUAAUGAUGUAGUGCUGUUUUCGACUUGGUUUUUUCAGGUCAUUGCCUAGGUGUUUAGAAAAUUGCAUCAAGAGGCCAGUUGGUCAUCUCCGCCGUUUUCAUGCAUAUGCUGAACAACAAGAAGAAGCUCCAAAAGAAGAAAUGAAGGUGGCCCCAAAAGCUAGAAAACCAGUCAUCAAAAGCAUCACUGAAAAACCUAUUGAUAAAGCUGCAUUAGUCUCUAAGCUGAGAGAAUCAGCAGCUAAUGAAGAACUGCCACUGAUUGAGCCUGAUAAAACUAAAGAGCCAGUUAACAUUGUAUUUAUUGGCCAUGUGGACGCAGGAAAAUCAACUAUUUGUGGAGGCAUUUUACUUCAUUCUGGAAAAAUCGACCAAAGAAUCAUUGAAACCUACGAGCAAGAAGCCAAAAAACUUGGAAGAGAUUCCUGGUGGCUGGCUUAUGUUAUGGACCAAAAUGAAGAGGAAAGAGAAAGAGGCAAAACUGUUGAGGUCGGAAAGGCUUAUUUCGAAACUCCAAGCAAAAGAUUUUCAAUAUUAGAUGCUCCUGGGCAUAAAGCGUAUGUUCCUAAUAUGAUUGGUGGGGCUUCACAAGCUGAUUAUGCGGCUUUGGUAUAUAUUUAUAUGGCGAGGUGACCACCUGAUCACUUGGUGCAAUUUUCUCAACACUUGGAGAGGAUGCUCAGGUUGAGAAACCAAGUUGGAUGCAAGUCUGGUAUACUUAAUAUAUAAAUUCAAAGCUUUUCUCGUGCCACAGGGUAUGAUACCUUGGACAUGAGAUUUUAUUGUAAAGAUAGAAAUUUGGAAGGGCGUAGCGGGUAUCUUCCCCAAGAUUAUGUCCAUCUCUUCUCUAAUUAGGGAAGCUGAAGACCGCAGGUCCUAACACAAUAUUGGAACUGUGCCUAAUUUCUAAGCCCUUAGAAUCAGGAAGCCCUGGAAUCAAGUCAGAAAGCCUUAAGAGAUUCAUUCGCUCAUCCAGGCGAUCUUCACGGACAGAUGAACUGAUAGAGGUGAAAAUCUUCGGCUGACUUUACACAUGGCAGAUAAGUCAAUUUAAUGCGGCUUUGGUGAUUUCUGCAAGAAUCUCUGAAUUUGAGACAGGCUUUGACAGAGGUGGGCAGACCCGAGAGCACGCUAUGCUAACCAAAUCGCUUGGAGUCAACACUCUUGUAGUCAUCGUCAAUAAAAUGGAUGAUCCUUCAGUUAAUUGGUCUCAAGACCGUUUCGAACAAAUUAAAAGAGAAAUGAGCCCAUUUUUGGCUGAAAAAUGUAAGUAUGAUUUAAGCCAAGUUCACUGGAUUCCUAUAGCUGGUAUUUCUGGGAUUAAUCUCAUAGAAAAAGUCAGCCCAGAAGUCGCUCCAUGGUAUAAUGGUCCAACCCUUUUCGAAAUCUUAGACAAUCUUCCUCUCCCAGUCCGCUCUAAUGAAGCUCCACUGAGAAUCCCUAUUCUUGAUCGUAGCAAAGACCAAGGAAUAAUGAUUUAUGGAAAAGUCGAAAGUGGGCAGGUCGUUAAAGGCUUAAGAGUAAUCAUCAUGCCUAUCAGAAUUAAAGGUGAAAUCGUUGAAAUUGUUGGACCUGAAGAAUCUCGGCUAAUGUAUGCAAAUGCUGGUGAAAAUGUCAGAAUUAAAUUGAAAGUGCCUGAAGAAGUCGAAAUACAGCGAGGGUUCACCAUUUGUGACGUUCACGACGUCUGCCAUGCAACACAAGAAUUUUCUGCUGAUGUCCAAUUGCUAGAUCUUCUAGAAGAAAAACAAGUCAUGUCAGCUGGGUACCAAUGUGUCAUGCAUGCACAUACAGCUGUGGAAGAAUGUGAAAUUAUGGAAAUUACUGCUGUGAUUGAUGUGCAAAGAAAAAAGAAAACAAAAGCAUCGUUUGGAAGAUCUAACCAAAGGGUUUUAUUAGCUUUCUCCUCCAUUAGUGGGCAAAACUAUUAAAAAUCAUUAUUUUAAAGGAGAAAAUCACUUCAUGAUAAAGAAAAGAUUUUUUAUAAAAAUAAUUGUGAUAUAUAAAUGAGAAUUUUAUAAUAUAUCCCUAGCUAAUCCAUAGAAUUCAACAAUUUGAAUUCGAAAAACAUACAUUUUAUAAUUUAAGAUUAAUUUUUAAAAUCUACAAAAAAUUAGUUUAUAAAAUUUUUUUAGACAAUUUAGCUCACUUCAGAAGAGGAGUAGGGUAAAAACAGAAGAAGAAAUAUGUGUAGAGCCAUUUUCUAAAAUGAAUCAGCUUGGAAGAUUUACAUUAAGAGACGAAGGCAAAACAAUUGGACUUGGAAAAAUCACUGAGAUUGUAGAAGAAGUGGAAGCUCAAGAGGAAGAACCAGCUAAUAAGUAG